GAAGGCUCCGGUCCUGGUUCUUGCUUCUCCGCUGUUGCUGCUUCUUGCUUCUCCGCUGUUGCUGCUGUGGACGUAGGAGUGGAUACCCGAAAGCUUCCGCGCCUCUGGGGUGUGAGAUGCCUGGCGAAGGCCGCUGCCCCGAUUGCGGGUCCACGGAGCUCGUGGAAGACUCGCACUAUUCGCAGAGCCAGCUGGUGUGCUCAGACUGUGGCUGCGUGGUCACCGAGGGGGUCCUUACUACCACCUUCAGCGACGAAGGCAACCUCCGAGAAGUAACCUAUUCCCGAAGCACAGGGGAAAAUGAACAAGUUAGUCGCAGCCAACAACGAGGUCUCCGCCGCGUGAGAGACCUCUGCCGAGUUCUGCAGUUGCCAUCGACAUUUGAGGACACGGCAGUUGCCUACUACCAGCAGGCCUACCGGCACCCUGGCAUCCGCGCCGCCAGGCUGCAAAAGAAGGAGGUGCUGGUUGGGUGCUGUGUCUUAAUCACCUGCCGGCAGCAUAACUGGCCCCUCACCAUGGGAACCAUCUGCGCCCUGUUGUAUGCAGAUCUGGAUGUGUUUUCUGGCACCUACAUGCAGAUAGUGAAGCUCCUGGGGCUGGAUGUGCCGUCUCUGUGCUUGGCAGACCUGGUGAAGACUUACUGUAGCAGCUUCAAACUGUUCCAAGCUUCCCCAUCCGUGCCAGCCAAAUACGUGGAAGACAAAGAGAAGAUGCUCUCUCGAACACUGCAGUUGGUGGAGCUGGCGGAUGAGACCUGGCUGGUGACCGGGCGCCAUCCCUUGCCCGUCAUCACUGCGGCUACCUUCCUGGCUUGGCAGUCGCUGCAGCCUUCAGAGCGUCUGAGGUGCUCCCUCGCGCGGUUUUGUAAAUUGGCGAACGUGGACCUGCCCUGUCCUGCUUCCUCCCGCCUCCAGGAGCUGCUGGCUGUGCUGCUGCGGAUGGCCGAGCAGCUGGCCUGGCUGCAGGUGCUGAGGCUCGACAAGCGGUCUGUGGUGAAGCACAUCGGCGACCUCCUACAGCACCGCCACACGUUGGUCCGCAAGGCCUUUCGAGAUGGAACGGCAGAGCUGGACGGCGAGGGGAAGGAGCUGCAGGGACAGGGUCUGGGGCCAGGGCAGGGAAAAGCAGAGGCAGCGAGUAGUUCCUUAGAUCUGCCCGAGGGCAAGCGGCCAGCCAGUCCUGCCCUUCUCCUCCCACCUUGCAUGUUGAAGCCCCCGAAGCGGAUCUGUCCCCCACCCCCUAUCUCCACAGUCACCGGCGACGAGGACAUUUCCGAUAGUGAAAUAGAGCAGUAUUUGCGUACCCCUCAGGAAAUGAGGGACUUUCAAAAAGCUCAGGCUGCCACCGGGGUUCCUAACCCUCCCUGAUGUGCACCCGAGGAAGCACUCCCACCACUCUGGCAGCAGCUUGACCACAGGCCUGUGCGACCCGGAGGAGUGAGUGUACAUGAGUCCUGAGGUGGCUGGUUUUCUCUUUUUUCUCUUGUUUAAAGGAACUAAGGGACUCUGCAGUUAAUUGGAACCUGGGUCCUGCAGUAGAAGUUGGGAGCGAUGCAGGAACAACUGGGUUGGAGAGAAUCCCGUCCCUGAGAGGGAUGGUCCGAAAGGGGAAGGCACACAUUCAUACUGUGAGGGAUGGCUUUCCUCCUAGUCGGGUUGGAGGAUGUCGGGCCUCCUCCUGAUUUGGAUCAGUUGCGCUGCUGCUGCAGGCCUGAUGGGCCCUCCCCGCUGGUGUGGCAGGGUUGGCAUUUGAAAUGGUAUCAGCCCUCAGAGGACAGGAACUGGGCCAUUCUUGGCCCUAUAUCCAUCUGCAGGCAUGGGUGGGUUCUUGUGUACGGGGUCAUAAAAUCCUGUACCUCAUAACAAAAGGACCAUGGGUGGACUAAAGUUAUAUAGCUCAAAGGGCUUUGCAAAUUUUAAUAUAUUAAAACAAAAGGCAUCUGCUAGAAAACAUUCUAUUGUAUAAAACCCGAGCUUUUAAAAACAGAUUUUCUUUGGCACUUUUCAUCCCCUCCCUCCCUUUUCCCCAGCGUAUUGCAAAAAGCUCUCCAGUGCUAAGGCAUUGGCACGGUACUUAAACAGCAGCCAGCAUAUGUGGAAGAAUAAUACGAAGCUUUUUUUUUUUU